UUACAUACUAUCUCGCAGUUUACCGCUCAACGCCACAGGCGCGUCACUCGUAGAAAAAAUGCAAGAGAUGGAAAGUCAAAGAGACGGCAGGCGACGAAAUACCCUUCCAGAUAUACAAGAAAAAAAAGAAUCCGAAGAAGUGACCUACGAUGACCUGUUGUCAUCGGCUGGCGAGUUCGGCCUCUAUCAAAAAAUCUUAUUCUUAUCCACAUUUCCUUUCUAUGCAUUCGGAGUCGUCUCUUAUUUCGAGCAGCUGUUUAUCACGGAAGUGUCGCCGGACCAUUGGUGUAAUGUUCCCGAGCUAGCGAACCUGACCGCAAUGCAGCGGCGAGCGCUGGCUAUCCCCGCUGACCCAGACGCCAGGUUCGGAUACUCACAGUGCUCGGCGUACGUCGCCAACUGGAGCGCGGAGCUGGCCGUCGGCCGCACCACCCCAGACCCCUCAUGGCGCACCGAACCCUGCCGUUACGGCUGGGAGUUCAACUCCACCGAGUUCCCCUAUUCGACCAUCUCCAGCGAGCUGGGGUGGGUGUGUGACAAGGACAGCUACCAAGCCUCUGCGCAGUCCAUCUUCUUCGUCGGCUCUAUCGUCGGGGGCUUCUUAAUCGGCUGGAUCGCGGACCGUUACGGCCGGCUCCCCGCCGCCGCCGUUUGCAACGUGAUCGGGGGCAUCUCUGGCGUCAUCACUAUCUUCGCAACAAACUUCGUCCAGUUUGCCGUUUGCAGAUUCUUCAUGGGUAUGUCCUGGGACAACUCCAUGAUGAUGGUGUACCUCUUGGUGCUGGAGUACGUCGCACCAAAAUAUAGGACGAUGAUAGCGAAUCUGCCGUUUGCCAUUUUCUAUACUAUUUCAGUUUGUGUUUAUCCGUGGAUAGCUCUCGCUUGCAAUCAUUGGAAACUAUUUUCUCUGGUCACGUGUAUACCGAUGAUGUUCGCGGUGUUGGCACCUUUUGUGAUGCCAGAGAGUCCCCGAUGGCUCUUGUCAGUCGGACGCGUGGAUGACGCGAUUAAAAAAAUCCAGAGAAUUGGUCAAGUUAACAAGAAAGAGGUGCCCUCGAAGCUAAUCGAACAAUUCAAAACAAGCCUUUCCAAACAGAAAGUAGAGGCCAAGUACAAAGCAGUUGAUCUUUUAAAACGAUCUCUUCUCAGGAACAUGUUCAUCUGCAUAUGUAUCGGAUAUAUGUGUUGCAUGAUUAUAGUCGACUCUUUAAUAAGAAGCAUUGGGCAGCUAGAGUUUGACUUUUUUGUAUCGUUUUCUGUUAUUUCUUUUACCGAGUUCCCUUCCUUGGCGCUGGUCUCAUUUAUCUUAGACCUGACAGGGCGGAAGUGGUUGGCAGUGUCGACGUUCGCUGUCGCUUGUGUGUUUAGUGUAUUGACAGCGUUCUUGGGUGGGGGAUUGUCAUCAGUUCUGUGCGCGGUGGUGGCCAGGUUCGCUAUCAACAUCACCUGCAACACGGUCAUGCAAUGGGCCACUGAGAUGCUGCCGACGGCAGUGAGGGGCACAGGCAUGUCUAUUGUACAUAUCUGUGGUUACGUUGCGACGGUUAUUUCGCCUUUCAUAGUGUACUUGGAGAUUUAUUACACGUGGCUGCCUCUCGUGAUCGUGGGCGGAGUGGCAGGGUUCGGGGUUGUGAUAGUCUUAGGUCUUCCAGAAACGGCUUCCAAGGAACUUCCUCACACAUUUGAAGACGCAGAGACUUUGAUCAGAAAUUCUAAGUUCAUUGAAAUACCGUGUUUGAUGAAAAAGAAGAGUCAGGCAGAGGGUCAUGAGAAUAAUUCUUUUGAAAUGUAGUGUGUCAAAAUUUUUUCAAUGCGUUUAUA